GCACUGCACGUGAGAGGCAGUCAGACCGUCUCACCGUGAAAACGGCGAUGUGACCGAGUAAGCGACUCACAGCUCGGCUAGCUGCUGCUUCAACAGGCAGCGUAUGGAGAGAGACGGCAGGGAUGAGGACAUUGUGAACUCUCGCAGCUCAGCUAGGGCCUCUGCCGCGUAGAUGGAGCGGCUCCACUGGGUGCAGCAUCGCUGUCGGCAGCUGCUGGCAGGAGACUCGGGGCGAGGCUGGUACUCUGCUCCCGAUGGGCUGCCCAACAAAAGCUCACUGGACGCCCACAGCUCCCCGCAUAGAGUCAUCGGGAAGCGGAGAACGGUGUUUGCCCGCCACGGGCCCCACCAGCAGGAGUACGAAGCCGUCUACAAAAGCUACAAGGGCAAUGCCAUCCGCACUACCAAAUACAGCUUGUUGACUUUCAUCCCCAUGAACCUGUUCCAGCAGUUCCACAGGGCUGCCAACCUGUACUUCCUGUUUCUGGCGUUACUGAACUGGGUGCCAGUUGUUGAAGCCUUUCAGAAGGAAAUUACCAUGAUUCCUCUGCUGGUGGUUCUCACUGUUAUCGCCAUCAAAGAUGCCCUGGAAGACUACAGACGCUACCUGUUCGACAAGAAGGUCAACAACAAUGUAGUGCAAGUGUUCUGUGGCAAGCAGAAAGCCUACAUUGACCAGUGCUGGAAGGAUGUGCGAGUUGGAGACUUUGUCCGUCUGUCCUGCAAUGAAAUCAUCCCUGCUGACAUGCUGCUGCUGUAUUCAUCUGACCCUCGUGGGGUUUGUUACAUUGAGACCGCCAACCUGGACGGAGAGACCAACCUGAAACAGAGACAGGUCGUUUUAGACCUCCCACUGCAGGGAGCAGAGUUGAACCUUGAGAGCUUCCACAGUCGUAUUGAGUGUGAGAACCCCAACAAUGACCUCAGCAGGUUCAGAGGUUACAUGGAGCACCCCAACGGGGUUCGUGUCGGCCUCCAUAACAACAACCUCCUGCUGAGGAGCUGCACCAUCCGCAACACUGAGACUGUAGUGGGCAUCGUGGUCUACGCUGGUCACGAGACUAAAGCCAUGAUGAACAACAGCGGGCCGAGGUACAAGCGCAGCCACCUGGAGAGGCGUCUGAACACAGACGUCCUGUGGUGCGUGCUGCUGCUCAUCAUCAUGUGUCUGACUGGUGCUAUAGGUCACGGCCUCUGGCUGAAAAACCUCAAAGACCCAGUCUUUGAGGUUGACGGGGAGACGUCUCCUGCCCUGGCUGGAUUCUACGUCUUCUGGACCAUGAUCAUUGUGCUGCAGGUGCUGAUCCCCAUUUCUCUGUACGUGUCCAUUGAGAUUGUGAAACUGGGCCAGAUCUACUUCAUCCACAACGACUUGGCCCUGUACAACGAGCAGCUGGACUCCAGGAUCCAGUGCCGGGCCCUCAACAUCACCGAGGACCUGGGUCGGAUCCAGUACCUGUUCUCUGAUAAGACGGGAACUCUGACGGAGAACAAGAUGGUGUUCCGCCGCUGCAGUAUCUACGGGGUUGAAUAUCCUCAUGAGGACAAUGCUCGGAGGCUGGAGGUGUACGAGGCGGAGAGGAACGAUGCGGCCGGUCAAUCUGUGACUCUGAAGUCGGGCUGCAGCCGUAAAUCUCUCAGCUGUCGCUCCCUCAGCUGCAACCGCAGCUCCGUAUCUCUGCACACGCUCACCGCCGAGUCGGAGGAGGAGGAGGAGGACCAGCCGUCCAAUCACAUCCAGCCCAGGACCAGUGCCUUCUGCAGCCGCGUGGCGAGGGAGGUGGUACCAGACCCCGAGCUGGUGAGGAAGUUGAGCUGGCUCUGCUCUCCGACGCUGCCUCUGAGCGACGGCUCCUCCGGGACUCCGUCCAGCCUGGAGGUCACCUACAUCACCGACUUCUUCCUCGCUCUGGCCAUCUGUAACAGCGUGGUGGUCUCCUCGCCCAGCCAGCCUCGACACAUGGUGCCUGAAGCACGAACACCCCUCAAGUCCCUGGAGGAAAUCAAGCUGAUGUUCCAGCGCUUCAGUUUCUCUCCUUUCUCAGCGCUCUCCCCUCCACUGAUCAAAGGCAGCCCUCGCAGCUUCACCAGCAGGCUGUUUGCCCGGGGGAAGACCGGCUCCUGCAACUUCUCCACUCCCACCAACAGCACCACAGAUGGAUCAGAAGCAAGCCAAGAAAGCAACCUGGAAACCUCCAACCUGAGGUGCAAACUGGACUCUGGAUCCUCCAGAGUGGAAGGAAGAGAUGUUGGACAGGCGGAGGACAGGGAAUCAGAGGAUAAUAAUAUCAAGGACACAAAGACAAAUGGGGCCAGGCAGGAAGAGGAGGACGUGAUAAGAGGAGUGGACUCUGAGAGUGACUCUGAUGAUGAGCUGCUUUAUGAGGCAGAGAGUCCGGACGAGGCGGCUCUGGUCCACGCAGCCCAGGCGUACCACUGCACCCUGAGGGGACGGUCCGCAGAGAGCCUGCUGGUAGACCUGCCGGGAAUUGGCUCUCUGGCCGUCCAGCUGCUUCACAUCCUGCCCUUCGACUCCAACAGGAAGAGGAUGUCAGUAGUGGUCCGCCACCCGCUCUCAGGACAGGUGGUGGUUUACACCAAGGGAGCCGACUCCGUCAUCAUGGACCUAAGCGAGACACCUAAAGGUGCAGAGCAGGCUCAGGAGAUCUACAGUCACAUCAGAGAACAAACCCAAAAACAUUUAGACAGUUACGCCAGAGAUGGACUCCGGACUCUCUGCAUUUCUAAAAAGAUUCUGGAGGAAGAGGAGUAUGAGGUGUGGCUGAAGAGACAACUGCUGGCAGAGAGCAGCAUAGAGAACAGAGAGGAGCUGCUGCUAGAGUCUGCUCAGAGACUGGAGACCAACCUCACCCUGCUGGGUACCACAGGGAUUGUAGACAGACUGCAGGAGGAAGUCCCGGAGACCAUUGAAGCUCUCCAGAGGGCCGGGAUCAAAGUCUGGGUCCUCACAGGAGACAAAAAGGAGACGGCCAUUAACAUCGCCUAUGCCUGCAAACUCCUCCGUCCCAACGACCAGCUGCUGACAGCCAGCUGUGGAAGCAAGGAUGCGUGUGCAGCUCUGCUCGAGCAGCUCAAACUGGAAGUGCAGAGUGGCGAAGGCAGCUUGACGGUACUGACUGCAGCGGGGGACCAUGAGGAAUCCUCCUUGGGCAGCGCGGCCGGCUUCGUUCUGGUCAUAGACGGCCGCACUCUGGACUGGGCCCUGCAGGAGGAGCUGAAGAGUGACUUCCUGGAGCUGAGCUGCAGAUGCAACGCAGUCAUCUGCUGCAGGUCCACCCCGCUGCAAAAGAGCCAGGUGGUCAGGCUGGUCCGGGACCAGCUUGGCGUCAUGACCCUGGCUGUGGGUGAUGGAGCAAAUGACGUCAGCAUGAUUCAGGUGGCGGAUGUGGGCAUCGGGAUAUCUGGUCAGGAGGGCAUGCAGGCCGUGAUGUCCAGUGACUUUGCCAUCUCCAGGUUUAAACACCUCAGUAAGCUGCUGCUGGUCCACGGCCACUGGUGUUACUCUCGCCUCGCAAAUAUGAUCCUCUACUUCAUCUACAAGAAUGUGAUGUACGUGAAUCUGCUGUUCUGGUAUCAGUUCUUCUGUGGUUUCUCUGGGAGUGUCAUGAGCAACUCCUGGGUGCUCAUCCUCUUCAACUUGCUCUUCACCUCCGUCCCUCCUCUCAUUUUCGGCGUCCUGGAUCGAGACACGCCUGCAGACACUCUGAUGGAGCUGCCUGAGCUCUACCGGGUUGCACAGACCUCCAAGGUCUACGUCCCCUACAUGUUCUGGGUCACCGUCCUGGAUGCUUUUUACCAAAGCCUGGUCUGCUUCUUUGUGCCUUACUUUGCGCUGGCAGGAUCAGAUGUCGGGGCGCUGUCCUUCGGCUCUCCGAUCAACGCCUCGGCUCUCCUCAUCAUCCUGCUGCACCAAGUUAUCGAGAGCCGUACUCUGACGUGGAUUCACAUGCUGGUGCUGGUCCUCAGCGGUGGGUCCUACUUCGGCUUUGUGCUGCUCUUCAGUUUGUUCUGUGUAUCCUGCAGCCCCCCCACCAACCCUUUGGGGGUGGAGACGCUGCAGAUGUCCCAGCCUCUCUUCUACAUCGUGUGCGCUCUCACUACUGUGAUGGCUCUGUUACCCAGGCUUUUGUGUCGAGCUCUGUACAACACGUUGCACCCCGCUGCUGUUCUGAAAUCAGCUCAUAUGGACAAAGUGGAUUCAGAGAAGUACCGCAGGAGAAUGCAGCGCUGGAACCAGACUCACUCCAGAGUCAACAGGCUGCCGGUGUGCGCCGACAACCCUGGCCUGGAGCCCAGCGCGUCCUCAGUGGUGUCCUGACCCCCCUCUACGCACACACAGGUGUAUGACCUGUUCAGGGAAAGACCCUAAAAGUCUGUCGACAUGCUGGAUUCAACCGCAUGUCGCUGUGUGGAUGUUCCACUCACCAGCUGUUUAUAGGCUCUGCUGAAAGACAGCUCAUUUGGCUACAAGUCAGUAGCCAAAGGACUCUUGGUGAGAUUAAUUUGCUCCAAAGAAAACCAUGUUUUAAUUGGACAUGUACUUACUGAAUGAAUAGUGCGGUGAGUAUGAGUUGAAACAUUCCACCAAGCAUUUAUGGGAACAGAAGCUGUGAAACAUGAUCUUGUAGAUAUUUGGAGACAAUACUAUUUUUAAAGGAGCUAUACAGUGUGUAUCAUUUGAACAUCAGGAAAUCAUCAAUCAUCUGGCACUCGUCAGGAUCAGCCUUCUAGUACUGGCCUUCAGUGUGUGCCGCAGUCGGCACGGUGAGCCACCAGGAUCCGCUGGUCGAGGCUACAUUCACACUGCAGCUAGAAGUGACCAAAUCAGAAAUUAUUUCUAAUAUUCCUUCUUAAUAUUUUUGAUCAGCUCUGCGCUGUGUGCACAUAGAGGUGUUCAUUGGGAGGACAGUGAAGUGGCAGACCUCACUAAUAGCCAAAAUUCAAAUCUUGGCCCACUUUUGCCUCCUCACUCUUUUCAGACUUUAUGUUCUGUUCAUGCAUGGAAUUAGUCAAACUUCACUGGUUUACUCUGAGAUGUAUAUGUGUGUCACAGCUGUAUUGUGUUAUUUUAUGGGUCAUGAACAACUAAGACAAAAAAACUGAGAAUUGAACAUUAAAGCUGUAACAAGAGAUUUUUGACCACAAGGGGGCAGACAUACUUGAAACAAACUGACAGAAGCACAGCAAAGAUAUCCUUCUGGUUGACAUGUUAACAAACUAUUUCUUUGCACAGCAAGGAAGAACGUUAGCAUACCUUCAGGGUUGUGCUCCUGUCUACCUGAGUCUAUUCACUCCACAAAAUCUGUCUUUUUAGCUGCUACUGUAGCUAUAUGACUUUGUUUGCAAGCCACUUUGUUGUCAAACAUACAGUCUACGUGCUGGAGAACCAAAAACAGAGACAAAAAUAUGUUCAAAUCUGAGCUUGAAGGUUCAUUCUUGUUCUUUGAAGCAGCUUGACAAAAAAAUGAAUCAGAGCAACGUCCACUCAGAGGACUUGUUGUGUCCAAAGGUUUCAACCACAGCUUUUGGCCUUCCUCAGUGGAUGGAGUUGCUCAGUUGUCGUGGAGAUGAUUGACCCUUGAAACAGCGGUUACUAUCUACUAUGCACUGUUAAUAUUAGAGACUCAUCAAUCCACUUUUUUUCAGUUCCGAUCCGAUUCUGAUUCCUGCAUUUGGAGAUCUGCUGAUGUGGACAGGGACACCACAGCUCUUGAUGUAUUAUCAGCUGAUAUAAGUAGAUUUUGUGAGUUCAAAAAGUAAUAAGAGAAUUUCAGUGGAAUUGCAAAUUGACAACUCCUUCAUAAGGUUUAUAAAGUGAUUUUCAAAAUAAACAUGGAAGAAUUGUGUAGAGAAAUAUAUAUCUACACUAAUAAAAAAACCCUAUCAAAAGAGAUUAUGGAAUCUGGAUCGGUGACAUCAGUCCGAUAUGUGAGUUACAGUGUCGUCCACUGAUACCUAUACUAGAUCAGAUCGGUCCCAACUCUAGAUAAUGUGUUGUUUAAGUCAGUUGACAGAAUGCUGCAGUGUGGAUGUAGCCACAAAGCAGGAGGAGGGUGCUGAAGGCCUUCAGCCACUGUAUGAAGGAGGCGGGAUCAGGAAGCAACAAUCAGAUUAUUAUUUCAAUACAGCCAUAGCAGUACCAGUACCACUGUUGUGUGUGUGAUCCAGAUGUCUGGAUCAUGGUCUCAUUAGUUCCUGUUAACUACACUAAGCUGACACUGCUUAAUGUUGAGGACACACACAGGAAUGCUUACAACUGUUGGAAUGUGUUUACAGUCCUGGGUUAGACAGGUGGAAUUUCACAGAGUUGUAACAAUGAGCCGCAGCCUGUUUUUGUUUACCUGCUCAGCUGCUCUGUGUGCAGUGCUGACACCGGAGCAGACCAGGUCAGUUGGUUUAAAUGAAGGAUUAAUAAUUGCUGAGUCAAUUUUGGACUGGAUAUCAUGUCGCUGUAAUCAACAAAGGCUGCAGUUUACACCUAUACAUUAAGGAUGUGACAGUACUACACCAUGGAUGGAAGACGCUGAGGCUGAGCUGGUUCUCAGGUUUUCCUAGGCUGAGCUGCACUAACAAGGGUUAACGGGGAUCAGACUGAAUCUGGAUUUAAAUGUGAUGUUGUCCCCAGUAGUCCCUGAUUGAACCAAAUACAAUUGAAAUUUGGUUUAUUCUCAUCUAUAUUAGAUUAGAUUAUACAAUUUGACAAGGUUGCAACAUAUGCACCAAAUAUCCUGUGAUUCAUUCUGUUUACACUUUACACCUCCAUAACUACAAGCUGUGUUUACUUGACAUUUUUGCAGACUAUUUUCAAAUGCAUAUUGGGGGUAUUGUUGCUGUCAUUCUAUGGCGUCGUUGGGUUCCACUCCUUUCUAACGAUGUAAGUCAAUUAGCAGAUUCUUUAAAAGGGCUUGGGUCGUGCAGUGAGGAUAAAUUCUGCAUUAGUUAGAGACUGCUUUGACUACCUCAUGUGCAAAAUAUUGAAUAAAAAUGAGCGGUAACUUAAGGAUAUCUGGAAUGAUAGAAAAAAUAUAUCCACAUCUCUGCAACUCUACGACAUGGUUUCAAAAUGGUGUAAAGUAUAUGCAGACUAACACAUGCAGAAGCGCUGGUAUGGCCCUCUAGUGUCAAUGUGGUGUUUAAUGAGUUAGCAUCACAGCGCCUGGCAUGGUAGCUUCACCUGUGUGUGUGUGUGUGUGUGUGUGUGUGUGUGUGUGUGUGUGUGUGUGUGUGUGUGUGUGUGUGUGUGUGUGUGUGUGUGUGUGUGUGCAGUGAGGGAACCAGCAAUAAUCAUGACGCAUUUAUGGUGAAACCGUUCCAAACUAACUUACUCAGUGUUUCCUCUAGGAUUUUUUUAGCAGUGGGGGCAGGCCCUUCCGAACCCCUCCCGUCACGCUGGCAAACGUUUUACGUAUGAAACAGAAGUGACACUUCGCUGCGACACAAACAAAUAUAUUUACCGUUUUAAUGUUUCCAGAUAUUUGAUAUCAGGACGUUGAGCUGAGAACUGACAAGUUGAACGUUGUCCAAUUAAAACGGACCCACCGCGGUGACGUUUUUGGUGGAGCUGUUAGUUUAAUAGUCGACUUGGAAGAAAGCGAACGUUUUGACAAUAAGCUACAUCAACACAACAGUAUGUGGAGUUAAACUGGACAGCCCCAAUAACCUCUGAAUAGUUCUACUUGUUAUUAAAUUGCAAUGUGAGCGGCAGCCAACGGGGGUGCAUUAUGUCGGCAGGAUCAUUUAAAAGGCAACCGGGACUACAUUGUGCGUCUGCCCCAUUUCUGAUACCGUGGUGGCAGAAAUUUAACAGUGGCGGGCCGCCGCUCCAAAGUCAACAUAGAGGAAACACUGGAUUACUAUACAAUUAUUUAUUAUCUACACAGGGAACUAUUUAACCAUUUAGAGGCACAUAGACGUCAACUCAUUUUCCAGCAUGUAGAGAACCCUAGAGCGGUUGCACACUGGGUCCUGCGAUUGCCCCAUUACAUAUGAUUAUAAUAACUCUGUUAAUAGACAGUUCAGCUGUGUGCAACUUGAUUGAUGUAGUUUUAAUUAAAUCAAUCAAUCAAACAAAAAAAUGUUGGGUCGUUUCAAUUCGUCGUUGUGUGAGCAGCCCAGCUGAGGAAUCUGAGGAACCACUCCGGCCUGUCAAGAUUUUAUCGAAGCAGGCAGCAGCAGCAGUAGUUCUCAGUGAAGUGACCUUACUGCCUCUGCGCACAUCUGUGCAGGGAACCGGUGAUAACAUGAAGAAGCCUUAACUUUAAUGCAAUACUUUAAGAUGUGGGCCUCUCCACACAGAGAAGCCUUAAAGACUGCAGCGCAGUCAGCAGCACUCACUGAUGAGGAUUUUUAUAUUGUGUAAUAAUUGUGUUGUUUGUUUGGAUGUAUGAUGCAAACAUUUGACUGUACUGUUUCAGACAUUGUAAUAAACAGAUUCACAUCAGUGUAGACUGUGCCAUGUAUGCUGAAAUAACUGUGUGACUGUUGAUGACUGAUGGGUGAUAUGAAGCGCAUUUCUGGAAAACCACAUGUUUCUGCCCAAACUGACCAGUUCAAGUGCGUCAGAAUUACAGGAAAACAGUUUCUAUAUGACAGCAGCAUGCAGCCAACAUUAUUGAAAAGACUCACAACCUGAAACCAGCGGGUCCUGCCCCCUAGCUGGUUAUAUUUUAUUUUUUUCAGUUAAUUUUAGUUUCCAGAGCUUUUAUUAGUUUCAGUGUAUUUAUGUAUUUGUCAGAAUAGGUAUUAUAAUACAAACGUAUUGACUCACAGUCUCAAUAAACAUAUGACCAACGCC